AUGUUUGCUUCUGGCGCUGGAGGAGUGCAUGCCUGGGAAGCCUCUAUUGAGACCUUUAACAUUUACCUAAUGGAUGUCUAUCUUGCCGCAUUCAUAUAUGUCCUCUGUGGUUCCCUGGCCAAACUCGCUCUCCUCAUGUUCUACUUCCGACUGUCUCCUCAGCGUUGGUUCAAAAUCUCAGUUUGGUCAACCGCUGUAUUUAUCAGCGGAUACACCAUCGGGAUAUUCUUCGCUGUUAUGUUUGCCUGCCAUCCUAUUGCCAUGAACUGGGAUGUUACAAUCACAGAAGGCAAAUGUAUUAACAGACCUGGUCUGUAUAUCGCGACCGCCAUAACCAACAUCAUCAGCGACGUUGUCCUAUUUAUACUGCCGUUGCCGAUGGUUCUGCAACUCCAGAUGCCCUUCAAGCAAAAGGUGGGUUUGAUGGGCAUCUUUACAAUCGGAUCUUUGACAGUAGUCACAUCAAUUGUGCGCGUCUCGCUUCUUCCUGGAAUGCUUAAAUCUAUGGACCUGACUUGGGUUAUCGCUUUCCCUUCGAUUUGGAUUAUCGUUGAAGCGAACCUGAUCAUUACCUGUGCGACGAUGCCAACGCUCCGCAAGUUCUUCAAACAUGUUGCCCCCAAGCUUAUCGGCGAGUCACGAUAUGGCAGCAAAACAGGGAAAUCGUCAAAAUACGGCAAGCCAGAUACAGGAUCCAAGCCUCCGAGUCGACCAUUUGGCCCCUCUUCCCAGGGACGCCGUGACCGAACACAAUAUUCACAAUUCGAUGGCGAUGAGAACCCUAUACCCGAUAACUUUGCUCUAGGCCCCAUAAAUGGACGCGUGGGACACAAUACCAGCGUUGGCCAGAGUGAAGAGGUGACGGGUUGGAUCGAUAGUGAUUCUGAAAAGGGGAUCGUUGGGGGGACGAUCAAACCAGCAAUUGUCCAGACAAAGACAGUGACGGUGGAGUAUGAACGAUCACUAUGA